AUGGCGACCUGUCCGGGUGCCCAGACGGCCCCGGCGGCGUCGCUAGGUGGGCGGCGGGAAGCGGGGAGACGCAUCGGCUACGCGGGGCCCCCGGCGGGUGGCGAGGCGAAGUGCGGUACCGGCGCUCAGCGGUGGCCCGACGGGUCCCGAUACGAAGGAGCCUUCGGCGGCGGGCUGAAACACGGCGCCGGGACGUUCCGCUGGGCGAACGGGGAGUACUAUGAGGGUUCCUUUUAUAAAGACUACAGGCAUGGGGAGGGAGUGUACUGCUGGUCCACAGGCCACAAGUUUAUUGGCAAGUUUUACCUCAACCGUAAGGAAGGCUAUGGAAUGCAGCUGUUCUCCGAUGGCGCCACUUUCCAGGGUUUGUACCAUGCAGACCAGAGGUUUGGUCCAGGUGUGCUGAGUUAUCCGGAUGGUCGCCAGGAUGUGGGCUUGUGGCACGGGGAGCGCUUGAUAAAGCUCUGUACCUUCUUAGAGGAUGGCUUCUGUCUCAACAACUUCCCUGAAUACGCUGCCUAUACUGGCCCCACGGACACAAAACACACCCAAUCUCAGGUGGACACUGACCCUUUGCUGAGCCCCUACAAAGAUCUGCUGUCCGAUGAGCGUUUUAUUCUCCCCCCCGACAUAGGGCGUUACUCCACAGACAGUGACCACCUGCCCGUCCCCCCUGGUCUCCGCAGAGAGUUGGAUAAACACUUCCACGGUGAGCUGUGGGAAACAGGCAACAGCCUGAAUCCAGGUUGCAACUCAGCUGGCGUCUCUACCCUGCAGGCUCGAAUGCAGGCCCACAUCCACACACACAGACUAGAGGCAGCAAGGGCUGGAUGGGAUGUGGCUUCGGUUCUGUCUCUGACCAGGGAUAGGUUCGGUCCCAAGGGUCCAUUAGAGCUCAGCUCUGAGUGGUUGAUCCAAAGAGCCUCACUGGGGGACCAGCAGGCUGUUUACCAGGCUGUCUGUACUGGCAUGGUCCACAUUGACGUCGAAGAUGCAAGGGGGAACACAGCACUUAUCGCUGCCACAAUGAACUGCCAUAAUGCUGUGAUCCACCAGUUGUUGGACAUGGGUGCUAAUAUUGACAAGUUGAACGGCGAGGGCAUGUCUGCCUUGGCAGUAUGUCAUGUCCUUUAUUAUCCCCCUGAGUGUUUGCUCACCACUGUAGCAGAGACGAGCCCCAUUAAACAACUGCCCAAUACACAAGUGCUCAAAUCUCAUUCGUUAUCAGCCCAACGUUCUCAUUCUGGUCCUGCAGUCUUUGCUACAGCCAUAGUUGACGCAGAGAACAGAUUUAAGACCGGUGGUGCCGCCCUUUGCAACCAGAUGAACCAAAUGCACCUUGCUGACAAUUCAGAAACGUGCAGCUGGAGGACGAGCAGGAUGAGCGAGGAGCACGCGAAGCAGAUUCCAGGUUACGGCUGCCGUGAGUCCGAUGACAGAAACCACGAUUCCCUCACUCACAUGUGCAUGGACCUACCAGACGGACCUGAGACCACCACAGACACAAAGUACUCAGAGGAGGAGGCAAGAGAGGAGAAAGGUGGAAAAGGAGGAGAACAAGAAAGCAAGGAAACUGAGCGGGGAGAAAGAGAAGGAGGGGAGGAUGAUCAGAGCAGGGGUAAGUUGAGAGAGAGGGUGGAGGAUGAAGAGAACGAGAGAACAGGUGAGGAGACAGCCAAGGAAGACAGGGCGGGAGAUGAAAGAAAGGCAGAGAGAGAGGAAAAGGCGAUGGAUGAGAAACUGGGGAGAGAGAUAGAAGGGGAGGAGGAGAGAGAAAAGGAGAAGAGGGACGUGGAAACAGGGGAGCAGGAGGAGAGAGCUGGGGCGGAAGAGAGAAAAACAGAGGAGCAGUCCCUCUUCCACAACCUGGCCACACAGGAAGUGAUGCAACACAAUGCAGGGGCUGCCCAACACAUGGACACACGGGGCGCCAUACACAAGAUGGCUGUUGUGAAAACUGAUGUGUCUGUGAUCAGGCGCUGUGUUGCUUGGAACACUCUGAAUCUGCUGUUGGAUCGGGGAGCGGACCCCAACGUGUCCGUCAUUCCCAUGCCCGUCCUCUUCCUGGCUAUUAAGGCUGCUCACACAGAGGCUGUCAGGAGACUCCUGCAGUGUGGGGCGCGCACCGACAUACCCCUUCCUCCUGAGAGGAAGGGCUUGUAUCCUUUGCAUAUCGCAGCAGGCCUGCCGGGUCCAGAAGGUCCCAGAAUCACAGAGCUGCUGCUGCAUGCUAUCACCGACCCAGACUCACAGGCAAAUGACCAGGAUGACAUCUAUGAACUGGAUAAGGUCUGUGUAGACCCUGCCUCUGAAUACAUGUCUCCCCUCAGACAAGAACCUUUGGAAGGGGGAAGGACAGCUCUGCAUGUGGCCUGCCAGAGAGACAACAACUACGAGCAUGCCAGUGAGGUGGUAUCCCUCCUUCUUUCCCACAGAGCAAGCACACACCUCCUCUGGAGUGGACACUCUCCCCUCUCCCUCGCUAUCACUCGUGGCAAUGAACAGGCGGUGGUGGAGCUGCUGAAGGGGGGAGCCGAUCCCAACCUCCCUCUGGGCAGCAGGGUGGGCAAUUCCCUCUGUGCCCUCACCAACAUCAACUACGACUCAAGUGGAUGCCCACGCAACAGGACUAAAAUGUUGGACAUGUUAGUUAAGGCUGGUGCCAACAUCUUGAUGCCAGUUAUGGUGGGUGAGGGGCACAGGUGCACUGUGGGUACCGCAGUCGACUAUGCACACCACAGCUUUAACCAGGACCUGCAUAUCGCCCACACUCCCUACCAUACUCUGAACUUGCGGGAGAGGGAAGUGUUCAAAGAACGGCACCUGUUCCUGAGCAAACUGGUGGACCUGCUGAGGAAACCUGUUUUUAAGUUCUGCUACGAAUGUGGUCGCUCUGUGUCUGUGGUGCUGACAGCCUGCAGCCGCUGCCGUAAAGUCUUCUACUGUUCCAAGACCUGCAAGCUGAAAGCAUGGAAUGAAAGACACAAAAAUGAGUGCAUCCGGAUGUCAGCGAGGGUGGCCGGCAUUCAGCAGAGUGUCAGGUCAAAAUCCCAAAGGUCACGUGGGCCCUUGAGCAAGGUGGAGAAGGUCUUCAAAAGAGACCACAAUCUGAAGGAAAACUACAGCUUCAACUGA